UCUUACUUUCCCUCUCCCACGCGUCCCCCUCCUCUCCCCUCACGCGGCGACACGUCUCCGUCUCCUCCUCCUACGAAUUAGGGUUUCACAAAUCGGAAACUAGGGUUUCGGAAGAGGCGAUUAGGGAGAGAGAGAGAGAGGAGAUGGAGAAGGGAGGAGGAAGAGGAGGAAGAGCGUUCGGAGUGCGGAGGAAACCAGUGACGAAGCGGCGGUGUAAGGGUGCGGGGAUCGCGAGAGCCGUCGCCGAGUACCUCGUCUCCGAUUCGUACAUGUACGCGCCCCUCAUCGACCCUCCGACGAUGCCGCCGCCGAAGGGUUCGUCUCCUUCCUCAGAGAAAGGGGUUCCUGCGGCUCAUAGUUACAAAGGCUGUUGGUGAAGUGAUUUCUUUUUUCCUGCUGCAGGUACUAAUAUGGCAUGAUGUGUAUAGUUGUGUUGUAAUCUGGAGUAUGUAAUUCUAUUUUAGUGUUUUCUUUCAUGUUGCUGCUGUUUCUUACUAGUAGUAUGCGGUACCUUUUAGUAAUGUUUUUUGGCUUGUUCACUUGUCUCUAAAAUAGCAAUCUUUAUUCCGUGUUUUGUUGACUUAA